CUGCACAAAUGUACUGUUAGUUGUCACAUCGCCUCGAUUCAUUAUCCUCAGUUUUCGGUUAUACGUGGUGUCACUACCCUCAACCAAACUAUUUUUGUUAUUAAAAGUAUAGCGAAUAAGUAUACGUAGAAAUUGCGGUGAUGGACAAUUUUAGUGAUUAUUUUAAUUCAACUCUUUUGUCUGAUGUUCAUCAAGACGAAAAGUUCGUUGAUACGUGGAUUAUAGUAGUUUUUUUUAUUUUCCUGACCAUUGGGAUGUGUUUGAAUUUGGUAGUUUUCUUGGUACUUUUACAAACCAAACGUAAUGGAAUUCUAUCGACGGUUUUGCAACUGGCUGGGAUUGACGUAAUAACAACGUAUGUUGCCGUUAUGGAAAUAUGGGCUUUAAACCAUCAUUCUUGGUGUUUCUCGGAGAAUAUAUGCCCAAUUUUUCUGGGAAGCGAAAUACUGUUUAACACUCUCAUUCUGUACCUUACUAUUUGCAUCAACUUUCAUGUAAUCUCAAAAUCAAAUUUACACGAAUUCGAAAUGCAAAACUCUAUUAAAAAUCCGUUAACUGCCAAUAAUGACGAUGACGAUGAUAGUAGCAAGAGUUUAAUAGGGCGAACGAGCAAUCAAAAAUCGUACCGGAAUAUCACCAUAAAUUAUCAGAAUAAGAAAUCCUCUAUUUCCGUAAUUUUUCCUUCGGUAUUGUUGUGGUUCAUUUGUUUAUCUAUUAGUAUUCCUGAAUUUAGUUUGUCAUCGGCUGUUAAACUUAAAAAUCAUUUUACAAUGUGUACCGUCGUCGAUAUUUAUUUCAACAAGUUAAUGCAACAUUUGCUGGUCGUAUUCAGAAUACUGAUACCAUUACCAUUGCUGUUGUUGUUAAUGAUAACAGUAGCAGCUAUGUACUUAAGAAGCAAAAAAGUAGACGAUGACACAGGGAAAAAUAUUUUGGAUAAGAAAACGGAAAAUAUCAAGUCCAUUUUGGUGUUUUCGUUUAUUUUAAGUGCCAUUGGCGUUAUCAGUUCCUUUCCCAGGCAGUUUAUUUCUGUUAUGCAUUUAAUGAAUCAGAAGUUCGAAAAUGACAAUAUCGUUGGUUUUAAAAUGGUCCCUUUAGAAAAUGUAUUUACUUCUUAUCUUAUUAUUACGAUAAUUGGAAUUAUUUAUUAUUCUGCUGGUACUUUUAGGGGUAUAUUAUAUGUCGUAAUGUUACCGGAAAUGAAAAAUGUAUUGAGAUAUAAAAUAACCUUCUGCAAUAAUCGCAACAAUAAUAAAAAUUCAAUUUAAAUAAAUUACGAACCCAUUUUAUUUUAUUUUUUAUUGUUCGGUAGGUAUUUUUCUUGAGUGGUAUUGUUUUAGUACCUCGAUCCAGUUAUGUGCAGAUUAUCAGGGGCGGAUCUACUCAAGGGCUUUUGCGAAUGUCACCCAGGGCUCCGUGAAUUCAAAACGUCAGCACUCUCCAUUGAAAAUAAUGGACAAUAUAGUAAAGAAAAUAAAUAUCUUAAAUUAAAUCCCAUCAUAAGGUUGGCAACCCUUCGAUUAAUUUAACUGUAUCGAACGAAAUCGCUUGAUUUCGGUCGGUGUAUUUUCUCGCGUAUGCGUCUAUUACGGGGGACUUCUCGCUGCUUAUCACCGUCAUUUUGUUUUUUUUUUCUCCCUUGUGUUCCCGUCGUCAAAGCAACAAAUUGACUUUAUUGUUAGAACUGAUUUUAGUGAUAUCGCCAAAUUUAAUAAAAAUUCUCUAUCAUCUUCCAAAUAAUUGGAUGAGAAAACUUUCUGAGUUUUAAAGUUUGUUUAAAUUGAAGAGUAUUCGCUAUUACUUGCACAGAUAUGAUAUGAGAAUAUAUAUUUUCGAAACAAUCCUGUGCGAAUGGUUUAGGUUGAGAAGCGAACACAACUUUGUACAGGUUUCCAAAUAUUUUUGUUGUCACAUGUUGCAAAUUUAAAAAUAUAUCCAAAAGUAGCUUUACUGAUAAAUCAUGCUGUUGUCAAUUACGAAUAUAACGAACAAUUAUUGUAUGCAUGUGUCAGAUAUGCUGAGGUACAGCACAAAUUAUAAAUAUUUGAAGCGAGAAUUUAGACAAUCGUAUUGGACUUUAAGACAUCUCAGUUUUUAAAUUAUCUUGUAAUUUUGUUUAAAUAAAGUUUUUCUGAUUUUGAGAAACGGUUUUUAACUUUAAACAAAAAUAACUUGUGUUACAUUUAGUCGAACCUAGGAUAAACAUGGCCGCCGUAUGCGCGCACCAAUCACAGCGAUGACCGCCCAUGGCCACACUUUUGUUAUUAAGUGACUGCCAAAAAUAUUUGAUAGACAUAAAUGCGCUAUUUGACUUAAAGCGUCUUCAGACAUUUUAUAGUCUAUAUUUACUAUUUUUUUUUUUACAUUAAAUUGAAGACGUAUAGAUAGAGAUAUGCCUCUACAAUUCUUCCGGCUUUGAACUGGCCCGUUUGCGUCUUUACAAAAUGUCGGGUAUUUGUUGUACUCCAAAAAAGCGUAAACCUUAAAGAUAUGAAACAGAAAGUAUACCAAAAAAAUAUUAGUUCAGCCUAAUAAUAUUUAGGCUACUCAUCAUUCCUCAUAUUAGAAACUUUUUUCAUAAGGUUUGUGAAUACUUUUUGGGUGUUUCGUUGAACACUGUGAACUAUGCGAUAUGGCAACGUUGAAUUUCUAUAUUUCCGAAUGACAACGAACGUCAAAGUCAAACGACAAAUUCAAAUAAUUUAGAAAAAAACGUUGGUCACGCCUGCGAAAUGGAUGUUAGUUGGUGAUCUAAAUUUUUUACGUAGCAAGUCGGUUUUUUCUGUUUACUUUUUAUUCCCUUUUUUGAAAAAAGGGAAUUAAUGAUAUAUAAGUGUAAUUGAUUAA